AUGGGCAAGACAGGCAUUCGGACUGUGAAUAAGGUGAGCUUUGACACGCCUGCUGCUGAACAGCCUGCCCUCCAUAUGGCAUCCCGACAGUUUCCCUCUGCUGGCGCCAUCAAGGAUGGCGAGACGGUCAAGAUUGAAUGCGUGGACUGGACUGGAGGCCAGAUUGGGAACAACGACUCCGCCGACGAUGUUCUCAACGUAGACUUGACGAAGGUUCAUUACCUCUCAGGUCCCUUUGAUGUUGAAGGUGCCAAGCCAGGCGAUCUUCUCCUUGUGGAGAUUAUGGAUGUCCAGCCCUUCCAAGAUCAGCCAUGGGGCUUUACUGGCGUCUUUGAUCGAAACAACGGUGGCGGUUUCCUCGACGAGAUCUAUCCAUCCGCCGCAAAGGCCAUCUGGGACUUCGAAGGCAUAUACUGCACUUCUCGGCACAUUCCCGGGGUCAAGUUUGCGGGCCUCAUCCACCCCGGUAUCCUAGGCUGCGCCCCUUCGGCGGAGGUGCUGUCGACGUGGAACAAGCGCGAGGGUGAGCUCAUCGCAGCUAACAAGCUCGAGCGCAAAGUCGCAUUGCCGCCGGAGCCGCAGAGUGCGCACGCCGGAAGUGCGGACGAGGCGACGAGCAAGAAGGUCGGUGAAGAGGGAGCGAGGACGGUGCCGGGACGGCCUGAGCAUGGAGGCAACUGCGAUAUCAAAAACCUCAGCCGAGGAAGCAAGGUUUACCUCCCCGUUCACGUUGACGGAGCAAAGUUCAGCGUGGGAGACCUCCACUUCUCGCAGGGUGACGGAGAAAUCUCCUUUUGCGGUGCCAUCGAGAUGGCUGGCGUCAUCACGAUCAACUUCAAGGUCAUCCGCGACGGCAUGGCAACACUGGGCCUCAAGUCGCCCAUUUACAUCCCUGGACCUGUCGAGCCGCAGUUCGGCCCAGGACGACACAUUUACUUCGAGGGCUUCUCUGUCGACGAGCAUGGGAAGCAGCAUUACAUGGACGUCACUGUCGCCUACCGGCAGACGAGCCUGCGUUGCAUCGAGUACCUUCGCCGGUUCGGUUACAGCGAUUACCAGGCGUACCUUCUCAUGUCGUGCGCGCCCAUCCAGGGACACGUCGCUGGCAUUGUCGACAUUCCAAACGCCUGCACGACGAUCGGGCUGCCGAUGGACAUAUUCGAGUUUGACAUAUCGCCGGCUCUCGGGGCCGUGGAGAAGAGGGACCUCGGGCAGUGCGCUUUCUCCGGCGGCGAGACCCAGGGCAAGGUCGAGGCUGGCGGCAAGAAUAGCGAACACAGUUUUGGUGGUGGUCUGACUUAUAAGCAGUAA